AUGGAAAUAACUUCUGUUAACAGUAAUUACGUUGGUUCAGAAAGAUCAAAAAAACGAAGGAGAAGUAAUUUUGAUAAUGUUGGGAAGAUUGAAGAAAUGAAUAUUCAAGUAGUAGUUAGGUGCAGAGCAAAGUUGGAAAGAGAGGAAAAAAUCAAAUCUCCAGUUGUCAUAAAAACCACACAUCGUGAUGUACAAAUACGAUUAAAAACUGAGGAUGCAUCUUGUAAAAGUUAUACUUUCGACAAAGUAUUCGGGAAAGAAGCAAAUCAACAAAAAAUAUUUGAUUCUGUGGUUAACCCAAUAUUGUAUGAGGGAGAUUUGAAUAUUAGAUAUGGUAUUAGUGGUGGCAAUGUGAUUAUUAGUCCAAAUGCUGGUGUCAUCCCACGUUCUCUUUGCAGUCUUUUUCAAACUUUGGAAUCAGAAUCUGCUGAUUAUUCAGUGAAGGUUUCUUAUAUCGAAUUGUAUAAUGAAAAAUUGAAAGAUCUUUUGUCUAAUAAUAGCCAACAAAGUUUGAAAGUUAUAGAUGAUGGUAAUAAUAAAGGUGUUUUGUAUGGACAUGAAGAAGUGCCUUUAAAAGAUGCUGCUGAAGGUAUCAAUGUUUUGAAACAAGGAUCUAUUAAAAGACAAAAUGCUUCAACUAAUUAUAAUGAUAAAUCAAGGUAUCUAGCAAAUAAAAAUUUAGAGAUUACAUAA